CGCCUCUGCCAUUGCAUCCGACGUCCGAUAGCUCGCACCGUUUCCUCAAUGGAUUUCACUGAAGUGUACAAACACUCUGGCGCCAACGUGUCUUUCAGUCAUGGAUCCCACCUCAUACUUACCGCUGUCCAUGAUCGACUCGUACUCCGACGCGCGGACACUUUCCAGAUCAUGCGAACAUGGCGGAUCGACGCGUCCCCAACUCCAACCCACCUCCUGACCGCUGCAGUCAGGCCAAAGAACAGCUCACAGGAGCACCUCAUAUCUCACAUCGGAUGGUCGUGUGAUUCUGAAUACGUGCUGGCGGCUUCCGCGAAACUGGGAGCCGUUCAGAUCUUCAAAGUACAAGAUCCUGAGUGGUCGGCGCGGAUCGAAUGCGGUGCUGAAGGCCUUGUCAAGGCACAAUGGGCUCCCGAUGGCCGCACGGUGCUGUGCUUCUCUCAAUGGGGGCUCAGAGUGACUGUGUGGUCCUUAGUGUCGGGGACCGCAAUAUACAUCCAAUUCCCGCUCCAUCCAGACACGGGCUACGCGUUCAGAGCUGAUGGUCGAUACUUCGUGCUGGCGGAGAGGCACAAAUCAAGAGACACGAUAGGCGUCUAUGAUACAGAGCAGGAGUAUAAGCUCGUCCGCCAUUUCCCGUCGCCGACGUCCUCACUGGCGGCGCUAGCAUUGUCUCCUAAGGGGGACCAUCUCGCCGUCUGGGAAGGUCCAACGGAGUACAAGCUGUGCGUUUUGUCGUUGACAGGAUCUGUGCUGGGCACGUUUUGCCCAGAGCCCGAUCCUGGAUUGGGGAUUCGCCGGGUUGCCUGGCACCCGAGUGGCAUGUUUCUUGCAGUCAGCGGCUGGGACGACAAGAUUCACAUCUUGGACCUCACUUGGACUGCUGCAGUGACUUUUGAACUCUUGUCCAGAGUGCCUGCUGGUGUUACUAUCUGGCGAGAACCAUCUAGGUGGCAAGAAGCAACAGAGGGACGGGGAUUCUUGUCCUACGAACGUUUGACUGGCUCUCACUCCAUCGUCGUUCAGAAACCCGAUGCCACAAAGCCCAAUCCUAAGAGCGGCACUGUGCAAAUGGAAUGGAAUGCAAGCGGGACACUUUUGCUCGUCCGCUUCGAAAGUUCGCCUACUGUUGUCCAUUUAUUCGAUUUUCCGGCGUCGGGUACUCCAAGAUUACGGUCGGUGCUUAUCCACACUAGACCCGUCGCACAUGCGCGGUGGAAUCCCGCGAGGAAAGGGAAUCUGGUCUUGUGCUGUGGUAGUCGCAGUCUUUAUUCCUGGAGCGAUGAGUGGCAGGGCCAACACGGGGAGGAAGAGAUGGCAGAGUGCAUAGGGGUCCCCGCCAAGAGCUUCGAGACUCGCGAUUUGAGAUGGACUCUGGACGGAAAGGGUGUGGUACUGCUAGAUAAAGAAGUGUUCUGUUGUGCUUUCGAGGUCGACGAGCCAGAUCCAUGACACCUGACCGCUGAGCUCAUCUUCUUUACGAUCCCCCCGAUGUACUUGCGUGUGUGCUACAUUUGUCACGAUUUCGGCCCAUGUCGGCCAUCAGUCAGCCAACAUACGCGUCAAUUUCAUCUUGCUUCAUCCCUCAUCUUGCAUGCUUUCUCGGUCACUCAGGGCAGCGCGCGCUGUUCGCAGACCUAUAAGGCUCACCGCUUCAUAUUCGUCCCAGCAUCGUUCCACUCCGCCCAAGAACGAACGCACGGAGCCGAAGGAGGAGCAGGAGCAGGACUUGCCGAAAGACCUCGAGGGUUUCUUCAAGCAGCAGCGGCCUUCACCAUCAUCCAAAGGCAAUUCUUCCAAUCCAGAUUCGAAGAACCGAAACUCUCGUUCUCCCCCUCCCCCUCCUCCCCCUAAUAACAACUUCAAUUUUUCCAACACCCAGCUCGCAUGGCUAGCCAGCGCUUCUAUCGCCUACUUCAUCUAUUCGAGCUCUAACUCAUCCUCGUCCCGCGAAAUCACCUGGCAGGAAUUCCGUGCGGCAUUUUUAGAGAAAGGAUUGGUGGACAAGCUGGUCGUCGUCAAUGGGCACAAGGUCCGGGUCAAGCUCCAUUCCAAUGCGACAGGGACCAUGUACCCGACCAAUGCCAAUUUCGGCGCGGCAGACUACUUUUUCUCGAUCGGAAGCAUAGAGGCUUUCGAGCGAAGGCUGGACGAGGCCCAAGCCGAAUUGGGGAUUCCGAGUCACGAACGUAUCCCGGUCGCUUACCACGACGAAAUCUCGGCGUGGCAAGCAGCCUUUGACUUCGCCCCGACUAUCCUCACGAUUGGUUUCCUUGUAUGGCUCUCGCGUCGGGGUAGCGGAAGCAGCGGUGGAGGCAUCUUCAGCAUUGGAAAAAGCCGGGCCAAGCUCUACAACAAGGACACCGACGUCAAUGUCAAGUUCAGGGACGUUGCCGGAAUGGACGAGGCCAAAGAGGAGAUCAUGGAGUUUGUCAAGUUCUUGAAGGAGCCCGCCAAGUACGAGAAAUUGGGUGCCAAGAUCCCGCGUGGCGCCAUUCUGUCUGGUCCUCCGGGAACAGGAAAAACGCUCCUCGCAAAGGCAACUGCGGGUGAGGCGUCCGUUCCGUUCCUGUCCGUCUCCGGAUCCGAGUUCGUCGAGAUGUUCGUCGGUGUCGGUUCAUCCCGUGUACGAGACCUCUUCGCCGAUGCUAAGAAACAUGCCCCUUGCAUCAUCUUCGUAGAUGAAAUCGACGCUAUCGGCAAGUCUCGUUCCAAAGGUGGCAAUUUCGGUGGCAACGACGAGCGAGAGUCGACGCUGAAUCAGCUGCUUGUGGAGAUGGAUGGCUUCGGAACUCAGGAGCACGUAGUUGUUCUCGCUGGAACUAAUCGACCGGAUAUCCUCGACCCGGCACUACUGCGACCCGGUCGUUUCGACAGACAUAUCGCCAUCGACAGACCGGAUGUCUCGGGCCGUAAGGGUAUCUACAUGGUGCACCUUCGCCCCUUGCGCUUGCACGAGGCCCUCUCAGACAAGGAUGGCUUUGCGCAGAAACUUGCUGUUCUGACGCCGGGUUUCUCUGGAGCAGACAUCGCCAAUGUCUGUAACGAGGCUGCUCUGCAUGCUGCGCGGAAAGGGUCCGAGUACGUCGAGUCUGUGGACUUCGACACGGCUAUCGAACGCGUUAUCGUCGGGUUGGAGCGCAAGAGCCGUGUGCUUAGUCCUGAGGAGAAGAAGACGGUGGCCUACCAUGAGGCUGGGCACGCCGUCUGCGGAUGGUUCCUUGAGCAUGCCGACCCCUUGCUGAAGGUCAGCAUCAUCCCUCGAGGCACGGGCGCUCUCGGAUACGCGCAGUAUCUGCCUGCGGAGCGCUACCUGAUGUCGACCCCUCAGAUGACUGACCGCAUCUGCAUGACUUUGGGAGGCCGUGUUUCCGAAGAGAUCUUCUUUGGAACGGAAAACAUCACUUCCGGCGCGCAGGAUGAUUUGCAGAAGAUCACCCGCAUGGCCUUUGAAGCGUGUGCCAACUACGGCAUGAACGAAGUCAUUGGUCCAAUCAGCUACGGCGGUGCCCAUAGGUCGAACGACACAUUCACCAAGCCAUUCAGCGAGAAGACCGCUGAGAUGCUCGACGCUGAAGUGCGGAAGAUGAUAACGAUUGCUUAUGACCGAACACGGAACCUACUAACUGAACAUCGGGAGGAUGUCAUCAAGGUGGCGCAACUGCUUUUGGAGAAGGAGAACAUCACUCGCGAGGAUAUGCUCAAUUUAUUAGGCAAACGUCCCUUCGAUCGCGCUGAUGACAUGGAUAAAUGGUUGGAUGAGCAUCGCAAUGGUCAGAAGUCGGCGCCUCCUCCUCUAGAACCCAGAGAUCCAUCUGAGAUCGAGGUUGACGGCCCGGCUCCAGUCGCGGCUGCGACGAAGAUCGACCUUCACGGGCAGGAAGCUGUAUUCACUAAGAUGUCCUCGACAUAUCCCCUCAAACUCUUAUCGCCACGCCUGUCCCACAUUCCCGCCGUCGGAUUGGUCUACAUGCUCAGUUACGGCGGUGGACUGGUGGGGGUCGUUUACAGCGAUAAGGGAGAGAGGCAUCCAUUCACGCGACAUUACCAGGGAUCGACUAAGGUGUUCAAAAUGCGCCCGGGCACGAGGGCGGCGACCCUCAAAACAUCAUCCGGCCAUGUACCCCACACCACACAAACAUUGACGGUACAAAUCGAGUCGUCAGGCUCACUAUUCUUGCUCCCCGAUCCAGUGACCUGCUUCAGAGAUGCCUCCUACACACAGACGCAGACUUUCUCUCUACCGCACGACGCGUCCCUGGUCGCAGUGGACUGGAUCACCUGCGGGCGGCAGGCGCUCGAAGAGGAAUGGGUGUUCUCUCGAUAUUGCAGCGUCAAUGAAGUGGUGAUAGAUGGGAAACGCGUUGUCCGCGAUGUCAUGGUGUUAGAAAACGAACCAGAUCGUCCCAGCGACAAACUCCCCAAGCGGACACUAGCACAGAAGAUGCAUCCAUAUCCUUGUUAUGCAACGGUGUUACUCUUUGGAUCCCAGACGCGUCAAAUCGUGGCUACUCUCAAAGAAGAAUACAGUCGCAUAUCCAUUCUCAAAACCAACACACCAGAGACGCUUUUGUGGUCGUUGAGUCAGACAGAGAACGACGGAGCGAUAUUGCGGGUGGCUGGGAAAGAGACCGAGCAGGUGAAGCGGGAGUUGAAGAGGAUGUUGAGUGGUCUAGAGAGCAACAUUUUGUUCCCAAAUCCUGAUGCUCUCUUCUCUGCGGCGAGGCUUGCUAGCUUCGGAGGUUAUGCGGAAAGCCGUCAUGCUCUGCGUAAGCUGGCCAAAAGACGCGAGCUGGAAGAGACCAUGUCACGUACGGAGGCCAUCUUCAAAACGUACAAGCCCGUGUCCCCUGGUCUUCGUCACCUCCGUCGCCCCCUGAAUCCUCACCUCUGGGCGGGCCGACCUAUUCUCCAACUCACAGUUGCCAAGCGCAAGACUGGUGGCCGCAACUCGCAUGGGCGCAUAACCGUGCGACACCGCGGCGGAGGACACAGGCAACGUAUCCGCACUCUCGACUUCAAGCGUGAAGAGCCGGGCAUCCACGACGUGGUCCGAAUUGAAUACGACCCGGGGCGCAGCGCGCACAUAGCCCUAUUGCAUAACCGGGAUCCAAACGCGCUGGGUGUGCGCAAAUGGAGCUACAUCGUGGCACCGGAGGGCAUUCGCGCCGGGGACCAAGUGCAGAGCUUCAGAGCUGGCAUACCCCAUGGAUUUGUGCCGGGGCUGGACGUGGACAAGCUCAAUGCGCGCACAUCGAAGUCGCAGAAAAGCACGCCGUCGCUUGCGAAGGACGCUGAGGAGUCCGCGGCGUUGGAAAAGUUGGAGGAAUCGUCGUCGCAAAACCUUGCGCUCGGUCUGCUUCGUACCUUGACGCUGAAGCCAGGAAAUGUUCUCCAACUGCGGCUGAUCCCCAUUGGGACUGUCAUUCACAACAUUGCGCUGGUACCCACUGGACCCGGAAUCCUCGUCCGCUCAGCUGGCUCCUCAGCGCAAGUCGUGGGUCACGAUGAAGUCGGACGAUACACCCAUGUUCGUCUGCAGAGCGGCGAAGUACGCAAGAUUCUGCAAGGCUGCUGUGCGACUAUCGGUCGCGUGAGCAAUCCAUUGUGGAAAAAUCGCAGUCUGGGAAAGGCGGGUCGGUCGCGAUGGCUGGGCUGGCGGCCGACUGUCCGUGGUGUGGCAAUGAACGCCAACGAUCACCCUCACGGAGGAGGACGAGGUAAAUCCAAGUCCAACAAACAUCCCGUGUCGAUCUGGGGUUGGGGAGCUCGUGGCACUCGUACUCGUAAACCCGGACCCAAGGGUCCCAAAAACAGUAACAAGAUGGUCAUCAAAGAACGGCCUCGGGGCAAGGCGACGCGUAGCAAUUAGAUUAGUUUACACACACUCCAAUAAGAGCCUAUGGUUGUCUAUACGCCCUCCUCGUCAUCGUCUUCCAUCUCUUCCUCGUCUUUAGUUAUCCUGGUCUUCUUCGAUCUCUCUUUAGAUUCCUCGCUUUUGCCGACCAGAUCUCGCCAGGCAGUGAGCUCCGCCCCGAUUUCUUCGCGAGCGCACGCGAUAGCAGAGCGAAGGGACGCGUAGUACUCUGUGCCUGCCACCUCGUAGGUAUGGGUCUUUGAUGUGGAUAGGGAGACGGGAACCACUAGUGUUUGAGGUGGGUUGAGCGCGUACGCGACGGUCAGAGGAGACAUGGAUGCUUG